GUGACAGUCCCUACAAAAAAACUAUACCAGUUCAUAUUAGGCAAAGGCCUCCAAAAAACUAUCUUAUCAGAAACAGUGGACGCGGAUGUUACUCACAUUUAUGGCAAUGUCGACAGAACACGGAAUAUCGCAAUAAGAAAUAUAUAUAUAUAUAUAUAUAUCAAGCCCACAGGAUAUGCUCCUGAUUUAUUGUGUGCAUGCUAUUUGACAACAUCUUCAGAGCCUCGUAAGUGAUUAUAUUUUUAAACAUGACUAUUUUUACCGCCUGGAAGGUGCAAGAGAGCAUCUGUUUCAAUAAUUGAUAGCGGGGUACUUAUUGAGCUUGCUUAUAGAUCCGACCUAUAUUGGUGGUACUUGGAAAUGGGACAGUCAGUCUUCUGCUGUGUGAUAAAGUACAAUCAGUUAUUACAAUGGAAGCCGAAUCUUUGGAAUAUCAUUUCACGCCUUCAUGACCGAAAGUUAGAGAUGUUUUCAUUACCAUCGCCGAUAAAUUACUCGUGUUGUUUAUAAUUCAUAUACUACCGUCUACAAAUCAUCCUCUUCAAUCUCGUCAGAUUUAGACACCGGCGCGUAUUUAAGAGGAAGGGUGAGAUUGCAUUCCUUCAGAGUAUUUUUUCUUCGUAUGGAAAUAUUUCUCAUGAACAAGAUGAAAACGAGUAUGAUCUCCAAAUUGAUGUUGGCAGUUAUUCUCCAAAGAGUGAUAAGCAUUCUUGGUCACGAGAACAUCUGCCCGCCUCCGAGAGUCUACCCAAAUUCCGAAGUUGAAUGGAGUGACCGAACGUUGGGGGCGUAUGCCACGUACUCUUGUCGAGAUGGAUAUGAGAUGGAUGGGCCCGCCGAUACGAUAGUAAGAUACUGCAAUGAAAAUGGAAGAUGGAAAAGUAGCAUACCGCCUCAAUGCAACGUUGUCCAGUGCCAACCGCCCGCCGUCCCCGCCUAUGGGAAUGUCACUUACCUCUCUGGGCGUGGCGAGUAUGGUUCAGUGGUCUACUACCAGUGCGGCAGGUACUACAAGAGGUUCGGCACCCCCUCGGCGCAGUGCUUGAGCGACGGGACGUGGUCAGAAAGAGCACCUACGUGUCAAAUUCGUUGCGGAUCACCAUCACUCCCAAACGGUACUGUUACCCAUCUCAACGACCAUGUCUGCCUCGAGUUCAGCGAAGACCGACUCGACUGGCCUUCAGCUCAGGCGAGAUGCCAGCAAAACAUGGGCAUCCUCGUGACCAUCCGCGACAUCGAAGCACAGGAGACGAUCAGGGCGACGUUGAUGGACAUCGUCGAUGAUGGGAACACGGAUCGUUUUUGGAUAGGGGCGGAAGAACGUCGGAGCAGCGUGGCGCAGGCGACGAGGAACUGGCAAUGGGUGGAUGGUUCGUUGGUCGAAGAUGUCUUUUGGGGGAAUGACGAGCCAACAUCGGCCACGGGAUCGUCCUCCAGGGGCGAGUGCGUUGAUCUCGAUCCGACCACAGAGUACAGCUGGAACGAUAACGACUGCAGCUGGGAACAGAGAUACAUUUGUCAAUUCGGUGUGAGUGGAGUUUGCGAUGACCCGGGGGAACCUUUGCACGGUAGCCGGGCGCUCUUGGCCUGUGACCAAACCGGUGCGCAAGAUGACGUCAUCUUCGUCGCGGGUUGUUUGAUCACAUUUGAGUGUGACCGCGGGUUCCGGUUAGUCGGAGAAAGUUCGUCGACCUGUCUCAGUUCGGGAAGAUGGAGCAACGAGCUGCCAAUCUGUGAACGAAGGCAAUGUCCGGCUUCUCCCCCAUCAGAGCAUUUGGAGGUCAAGUUUUCGAAUUCUUACCGCGGUGUGGCGGUGUACCGCUGCCCGACCGCUUCGUACGUGAUAGAAGGGGACGUAUUCGCUUAUUGCCUUCAUAACAACGUCUGGAGCAUGCCAAAUCUGGUUUGUGAACCUUUCAGUACUAUGCCCGUGACAACAGAACCGCUUCUUACACCAGAUUGGACGUUCAUCGGCAUCGUCGGUGCCCUCGGCAUCCUCUUGUUCAUCGCCAUCCUGAUCAUCAUCAUCCUCGCCGCGGUCAGGAACAACAACCUGAACAAACGCCGGAAGUACAUCCGACCGCUGCCCCACGCGACCACAACUAGCCGAAACCGCCGCAGCAUGGAAAACACCUACUACUCCAUCCGGAAGCCGAUGCCGUCACCGCCCGAGGAGCGAAGCGGUCACAACGUGGAGCUGAAACAGGUGAAGCGGUUGAGUGACGCCAGCGAAAAUGCAACCGCGGUUGCGCAGCAUAGUCUGACGUACGACAAGAGCGAGGUGGCGCUAACCGACGAUGAUUACUUGGAGCCUAUUAGAGUGCCGCACCAGGAAAGUAGAAGAAAUUCGCCGCGGUUGUCGAGCGGUGAGUACGUGAAUCCGAUGAGUCCACGAAGUGGGACUUACGAUGAAGUCGAUGAUGACGUCCUUGUUGAUGAUAAAACGGUUGAAGAUGAUGACAGGCUUCUCAACAAUUACAUCAUCCUACUACCGGAUGAUGACGACAAUAGCGAAGCAUUGAGGAAAGUCGACGGUGUUGCUGCGUCGAAAGAGAACGACGCCGUCAAUGAGAAGGACGUUGAUUCUAGGGUAGGCAAGGACAAGGAAGAAAUGAACGAAAAGGACAAUGCCAUGGGUAACAAAAUGGACGAGACAAAAAAUAAAACAGUAACAUCCGAUACUAGUACUUUACCGACCAACGGAUUACAAAUUCCAACACUAGGUUACUCUAAAGAAGGAUUUGGAUCGACUGUUGAGUUGUGAAAUGAAUAGCCGUUUAUGUUAAAAUCAUUUCUUAUAGGGUAUGAUAUACUGUCAAAUUUAUAUCAUUCUAUAUUAAGCAUAGAAAUUUGGUAUCUGACUUUAUGUGUAGAUAUUUUAAUAUUUUAGAAAUGCGUUAUAAAUUGUUUUGGGCAGUCCCAAAUCGGCUCAGCUGAUAAAGAAACUAGCUAACGUGGGGGGGGGGGGGGGGGGGGGGGGGAUGGUCAAGCAAAUAAGAAAAGGCUAGUUUUAGUAAACAUUGCAAGGUUAUAUAACUGUACUUCUAACUAAUGUACAUGAUAUCUGAAGGAGCACAUUACUCACGCGUUUGUUGUUUUCAAAUGUAUCAAAUUUUUAUUUGUGCAAAUAUAUUUAUAUUUUUGAUGAAUUAUACGGUAUAAAUGUAACUGUCAAAAUAGGUGAAUGUGUGUUGGUGAUUGUUUUUUUUCAGAGUAGUAAAUAACUCUGAUCUUUUCUAUAUAGCACCCUCUGUAUAAUAAUCUUGAAGACGGUCUAUGUAUAGAGUUUAUAUACACAAGCAUAAGUCAAUCCUACUCCUACAGCCACAGUUUAAUCACAACUACCACCAUCAUUUUUAUCUCCUUGAGCAUCAUUUUGUGAUCAUAAUUAUCAUCGUUAUCAUCAGGUAUCACCGCAAUCAUUACUAUUCAUAAACAAAUGAUCAUUAUCAUCACAGUCAACAUAGUCAUGAUCAUCUUUAUCAUCAUCAUAAUCAACAUAAUUGUCAUCAUCAUAAUAUCAUAAUCAUAAUAAUCAUCAUCAUUAGCAGCCAAAGCAUCUUCGUCUAGAUCGUCAUCAUAAUUAUCAUUAGGCAUCAUUAUCAUCACCAUCGAUGUCGUUGUCGUUUCCAUCAUGAGUAUGAUCAUCAUCAUUACAAGAACACAAAUUAGAGAUGUAACUUUAAUGUUUUUUAUUCAGUCAUUUUAAUUUAUUUCCACAAUGACAUGAUGUUAAUAAUACAUCGUCAACCCUCUCUCAUUAUCAUGAUGUUAUAUAUCAUCUGUAUGGGGUCAAUGGUCAAAUAUUUUACAAUUACAAAUUAUGUUUCUUACCUCUAAUUAUACGAACAUCAUCGCCAUCAACACCAACACUGUCAAUAUUACCACCAUCUUUAUCUUCAUCAUCGUCAUCAUCAUCAACUUCAUUUUUACCACCAUCUUGUAUUAGCAUCACGAUCAUCAUCAUCAUCAUCAUCAUCAUCAUUAUCAUCAUCAUUAUCAUCAUCAUCAACAUCAUCAUCAUAAUCACCAUUAUCACCAUCACCAUCAUCAUCACCACCAUCAUCAUCAUCGUCAUCACCAGCAUCAUCAGCUUCAUAAUCACCAUGAUCAUAAUCGGCCUCUUAUUCAGCGUCACCACAUUCAUCCUCAUCAUCAUCACCAUCAUGAUGAUCACCGUCAUCAUCAUCCUUCUCGUCAUCGUCAUCAUAAAGUGAAAAUUAGCUUUUAUUAACACCAUGUUCAACCUUAAUACAAUGCAUUGCUAGACAUCGUUCAUCAUGACAAUCUAAAUUUCGACACGAAGUGAUUCUUAAACAAUAAAUUACAAUCAUCUACUUGCAAUUAUUCACUUCACGCCGAUAUUCUAUGAAAUUGGAGAGAAAAAAACACACUAUUUAUUCUUUUAGACAUAAAUAUCGAAUUUAUUACCAC